CUCGGCCGCGCUGGGGGAUAAAGUUGGGCAGUAGGGGCCGAUCGGGGCUCCCCUGUGCCCGCAGGCGAACCGCGGAGAGUCACCUCUGUCGUCCGUGUGUGGGGUGUUGAGGCGGGGAGCUGCCCCCGGGCGCCCCGGGGAUGGGUUACCUGAAGGUGCUGGUGGUGCAGGAUUUCAAGUCGUGGCGCGGGCAGCAGGUGAUCGGCCCCUUCAUGAGGUUCAACUGCAUCAUCGGGCCCAAUGGAUCAGGGAAAUCUAACAUAAUGGAUGCUGUCAGCUUUCUGCUGUGUGAAAGGACAGCCAAUCUGAGAGUUAAAAGUGUUCGGGAGCUCAUUCACGGAGCACACGUUGGGCGACCAGUCUCUUCCACAGCCAGUGUGAAGAUGGUGUACUGUGAGGAAGAUGGGGAAGAGAAGACAUUUUCAAGAGUUAUCCGUGGCAGUUGCACUGAAUUUUUUUUCAAUGACAAGGCUGUCAGCCGAUCUGCUUACAUAUCCGAGCUUGAAAAAAUAGGCAUUCUUGUCAAGGCCAGGAAUUGCCUUAUUUUUCAGGGAACAGUAGAAUCGAUUGCAAUGAAGAAGCCCAAGGAGAGAACUCAACUUUUUGAACAAAUCAGUAAUUCAUGGGAAUUGGCCGAAGAAUAUGAACGAAAAAAGAAGAAAAUGCAGCAAGCAGAAGAGGAUGCACAGUUUAAUUAUAACAAGAAAAAAAGUGUUGCAGCAGAACGGAAACAAGCAAAGAUAGAGAAAGAGGAGGCAGAGCAUUACCAGAUGCUAAUCAAGGACCUGUAUGAAGAAAGGAUACAGAUGAAGCUUUUUCUGCUUUAUCACAAUGAAAAAGACAUUGGCUUCCUGAAAACCAGUUUGGAUGAAAAGAAUAUGGAGGCUUAUACCAAGAAAGAGGCUCUUUCUGCAGCAGAAGAUUCAUUUAAAGCCAAGAAAAAAGUGCUUGGUGUACUAAACAGGGACCUACAGCAUAUGGAAAAAGAAAUGAAGACUCUGGAAGCAUCACUGAUUCAGCAGAGACCCCUCUAUAUAAAAGCAAAGGAAAACACGUCCUACCAAAUCAAGAAAGUAGAAAUGUCUAAAAAAUCUCUGAGGGACAAGGAGAAACAGUGUGAUAAGGAAAAGCAGAACAUAAAAGAGCUAGAGAUAGAACUGAGUGAUAUUGAGAAGGCGUGGAGAGCGUUUGAGGAGAAAGCUGAAGAGGAGCUAAAGCAGAGAGCAGCACGUGUUGAGCUGGGAGAAAGUCAGCUGGAGCGUUACAGAGAGCUAAAGGAGACAGCAAGAAAGAAAGUUGCUACACUAACCCAGCAGAUGGAGAAACUUCGCUGGGAGGAUAGAGGAGAUCAAGAAAGGCUGAAACUUAAUCGGAGGAAGAAAAAUGAAGUCGAGGAAAUCAUAAAGCAGACUGUGGAACAGAUAGAGGAGCAUAAGAAACGCAUAGAGAAGUUGGAAGAAUAUGCCAAGAUAUGCAGCGAAUCGUUAGCAGAGAAAAAACAGCAGGAGGAGCUGCUGGCUGAGGAGAUUGAGACCUCAACAGUGAGAAUGGCUGAAGUGAAUGAGGAGCUGAACAAAAUAGUUGGGGAGCUGCAGAAUGCCAGGAUGGAUUACCACGAGGGCAGGCGGGAGCAGAUGAGAGCAGAGAUCCUGGAGAGUCUCAGAAGGCUGUACCCGGAUUCCGUGUUUGGAAGAUUGCUUGACCUGUGUCAUCCUAUCCAUAAAAAAUACCAGCUUGCUGUUACCAAGGUGUUCAGCAGAUACAUGACUGCUAUUGUUGUUGCCUCUCAAAAAACAGCGAGGGAUUGUAUUCAGUUCCUGAAACAGGAACGGGCUGAACCCGAAACGUUUCUUGCUCUGGAUUACCUUGAUGUCAAGCCAAUCAACGAGAAGCUGAGGGAGGUAAAGGGAGCUAAACUGCUGGUGGAUGUUGUGCAAACACCAUUUGCUCCACUGAAAAGAGUGAUUCAGUUUGUGAGCGGGAACAGCCUGGUCUGUGAGACAGUGAAGGAGGCCAAACACAUCGCCUUUGAUGGACCAGUGAGGCUCAAGACAGUGUCUCUUGAUGGAACUUUAUUUUUAAAAUCUGGAGUGAUUUCUGGAGGAUCCAGUGAUUUAAGAUUUAAAGCUAGAUGUUGGGAUGAUAAAGAAAUGAAUAAAAUGAAAGAAAGAAGGGAUAGCUUGAUUCAUGAGUUAAAGACCCUGAUGAAGACCAAGCGUAAGGAGGCCGACCUGAAGCAGCUGCGUGCCCAGAGCCAAGGAACCCAGACACGGCUCAAAUACUCACAGAGUGAGCUGGACCUCAUUAAAAAGAAACACCUUGCCAAUCUCUACAUGGAAAAAUCAAAGCUGGAAAGUGAACUGCUAAAUAUUGAGUCUCAGCAUGACAUGCUGAAUGAAGGAAUAGCACGAAGAAAAACAAAAAUAGAAGAAUUUCAGACAAAAAUUAAUGAGGUGGAAGACACUGUUUUCCGAGAAUUCUGUGAAGAGAUUGGUAUAGAAAAUAUCCGUGUGUAUGAACAGGAACACGUGAGGCAGCAAGAGGAGAUUGCCAAGAGAAGGCUGGAGUUUGAGAGCCAGAAGACCCGACUGAACACUCAGCUGGAGUAUAAUCGGGAUCAUCUCCAAAAAUUAACAAACUCGGUCAGCAAGUUGAGGGAGACCAUAAAGAAAGAUGAAGCUGGGAUCGUCAGGCUUCGGGAGGAUGAAGAAAAGCUUUUAAUAAAAGUGAAUGAAAUGGUGGAGGAGCAGCAAGAACUUAAGGAUAGAUUAAGUACUCAUAAAUCUCAGGUUACAAAAAGCCAAACUGAAGUUGAAGAGUUCAGAAGGAGGAUGUUAACUCUUAAUAGGGAAGCCACAAAACUGCAGAAGGAAGCUGCAGCUCUAGAAACUGCUCUGGAAGAGAAGAGACUAAAGAGACAUAAUCUGCUGCUCGAGUGCAAGGUGCAGGACUUGAAAAUCAAGCUCCUCUUUGGAACACUGGAUGACAUCAGUGAAGUAGAGCUGGGAACUGAAACAGAAGACACCCAGACAACGUCAGGGAUCUAUGAGAGGGAGGAGAGAAUUCAGGUAGACUACAGGAGCCUAGCAGAAGACCUGAAGGACCUGCAGUCUGAGAAGGACAUCGAGGCUCGUCUGAAGCAGAUGCAGCAGGAGAUCAAAUGCAAAGAGACCACUCUGCUGAAGACAGCUGCUCCCAACCUGAGGGCAGUGGAGAAACUCCAGAUCGCCCGGGGCAAGUUCCAGGAGUCCAUAGACGCUUUUGAGAGCAGCAGGAAGGAGGCCAGAACGUGCAGGCAGGAAUUUGAGGAGGUGAAAAAGAGGAGGUAUGAGCUGUUCAGCAGGUGCUUUGAACACGCCUCCAUAGCCAUUGACAGGAUCUACAAGAAGCUGUGCAGGAACAGCAGUGCUCAGGCAUUCCUGAGCCUUGAGAAUCCCGAGGAGCCCUAUCUGGAAGGCAUUGGCUUCAACUGUGUGGCCCCUGGCAAGCGUUUCAUGCCCAUGGACUGUUUGUCAGGAGGGGAGAAAACCGUGGCAGCCCUGGCCCUGGUGUUUGCCAUACACAGCUUUAGGCCAGCACCCUUCUUUAUUUUGGAUGAGAUAGAUGCUGCCCUGGACAACUCAAACAUUGAUAAAGUCUCGAGUUUCAUCAGGGAACAGGCCCAUGAGCAGUUCCAAAUGAUAGUGAUUUCCCUGAAGGAGGAGUUCUUCUGCAAGGCAGACGCCUUGCUUGGAGUGUGUCCAGAGCACGAUGACAUCAUGUUCAGCAAAGUGCUGACCCUGGAUCUCACCGAGUUCCCGGAGCAGGAACAGCAGGACAGGGCAGAGAAGCCCAGACGCAGCUCUGUCCUGGGGUAGCACGUGGACAGAACCAGGGCACAGCAACAGCAACUGGGUUCACAGCUGACUGGGGCAAAUGUGAGUUGGAACGUGGCUGUUGGAGGUUGAUAUGGGAAUGUUUGUUCACUUUCCAAGGGAAGCAGUUUUGCAAAACAGUCAUGGAAGGAGCUGUUCCUCCUUCGUGCAGUUUGGUUGAGGGGUGAGAGCGCCCGAGGUUGGUGCUGAGGUUGUGCACACUGCUACACAAAGUUCUCCCCCAGUGUUCGGGGGGGUUGGGCUGUAAAGAUGAAGGGUGCAAGUUCAUAAGCACAGCAUCCCCAAGCUGGGGUACAGAACACUGUUGGAGGGAGAUGGAAUCACUUCAUCUGGCCUGUGUUCCCCCUCUGUGUGUGCUAAGAGCUUCCCAUGGUUUAUGGUUGUUCAUAAUAAUUGUAAUGUUCACAGAGCAGGUUCCUUUUGUCCCCCAGACUGCCUACACACACCUGCCUUGUUGUGUGCUGGGAGCCCUGGGUUUGUGCUCCCUGCUGGGCACACAGGAACAUUCCAACCACAUCCAGGUGCCCACUGCUCCUGCAGGCAGAUGUUCAUCAAACACUUGUGUUAUGGCCACACUUCGUUAAUAAAUUAAUUUGAGGCAUGAA